AGUUUAAUAUAUAUAUAUUAAACUUCUUUGAUGAAACUCGCUUCACAAGCCAACAAACUUGCUUCCAUCGUCUUGGCCAAGUUUCACCUCCCCAACACAACGUUCCACAACUUUGACAUCGACUCACAGGCCAACAAACUCGCUUCAAGCCUCGUUUCUCGCGAUCUUGACCUCUCGAAACGCAUGAUCUUCCACACAACUGAUGUGUUAAAUGCUAAGGAAGGAUUAGACCAAUAUGAUGUCGUUUUCUUGGCAGCUCUUGUUGGGAUAGAUAAAGAGUCAAAGGUCAAAGCUAUUGAGCAUUUGGAGAAAUAUAUGGCUCCGGGAGCUGUGUUGAUGCUAAGGAGUGCUCAUGGUCUUAGAGCUUUCUUGUAUCCAAUCGUUGACUCUUCCGAUCUUAAAGGAUUUGAGGUGUUGAUCAUUUAUCAUCCCUCCGAUGACGUAGUGAACUCAGUAGUCAUCGCACGUAAGCUCGGUGGUUCGAAUGGAGUUAGAGACAGCCAGAUUGGACGGUGUGUGGUUAUGCCUUGUAAUUGCUCUAAGGUCCACGCAAUAAUUAUGAACAAUUUUGGUAUGAAGAAGAAUUUGAUCGAGGAGUUUAGUGCCAUCGAGUAAACAAGUAAUAAUUAUAAUAACACAUCUCUUU